CCGUCCCCUACACAGCCAUGAGGUCCACCAUUAGGGCCCCUCGUGGUGCCUGCCUGGGCUGCCCCGUGAGCUUAUGCCGGGGUGGGCGACCUGUCCUGGGCUCACCGGGAGUCUCUCUGGGGCCCCUCUCCAGGGGAGGGGCCCCUGCACCCACACCUUACAGCAUCUGCAGGGGCUUGGCUCUGAAACCCCGUGGAGGAAGUUACUUCACCCCGGAGUGGUGGUCUCGGGGCUGAGGCUGGAGGCCAGGCUGGGCACCAGGGCAGCCCUGUGCUCUGUGCACCUUGCUGCCCGCCCCCUGCCACCCCUGUGAGGCCCCCCCAGGUCAGGGCUCCACUUCCAGGGCCCCUGGGCUGUUCCCCGACCCCUACCACGGAGGCAGGCAGGCUCACGGGUGGCAGGGGGCGGGCCCUGCAGCUGGGUGCUGGGCCGGAACUGCGGUGGGCAGGGCGGGCAGAGUGGGGAAGCCCCCGCAGGCACACGCCUGUCCUGCCCCUUCCAGUCGCGCUUGAGGGCCCAGAGCGGCGAGGCACCGGGCCAUGGACCGGCAGCCCCGGCGCUGGGCCGCAGUGGUGGCUGCAGCCCUCCUCCUGCUCCUGCUGGGCGCCCAGGGCCAGGGCAGCACCCCCAGCCCCAGGUGUGACUGUGCCCCCGACUUUCGGAAGAGGACGGAUCCGCUCUGCUGCAGAGGCUGCCCGGCAGGACAGUACCUAGUGGCCCGCUGCACAGAGCCCUGUGGCAACGCCACCUGCGUCCCGUGCGCCCAGGGCACCUUCCUGGCCCGGGAGCACCACCACGAGACCAGCUGCGCCCGCUGCCAGGCCUGCGAUGAGCAGGCCUCCCAGGUGGCCCUGGAGAACUGCUCGGCAGUGGCCGACACCAGGUGUGGCUGCCCGCCAGGCUGGUUUGUGGAGUGCCUGGUCCCACACUGCAUCGGCAGCUCGCCCUUCCUCUGCCACCCGUGCCUAGACUGCGGGGCCCUGCACCGCCACACGCGGGUGCCCUGUUCCAGCAGAGACACCGAAUGUGGCACUUGCCUGCCUGGCUUCUAUGAACAUGGCAACAGCUGUGUGUCCUGCCCCACGAGCACCCUCUGGAGCUGUCCUGAGCCCUGCGCGGCUGCCUGCGGCUGGAGGCAGAGUAGGUGGCCUGCUGGGGACACAGCAGGAGAGCUGGGAAGGGCCGAGGGGAGCCUGGAGGUGGCUACCACCCAGCACCCACCAAGUGCUCCCUCAGUGUUCUGGGUCCAGGUGCUCCUGGCAGGCCUGGUGGUUCCACUCGUGCUCGGUGCCACCCUAACCUACACAUACCGCCGCUGCCAGCCCUGCAAGCCCAUGGUUCCUGCAGAUGGAGCCGGGACGGAGGCCCUGACCACCCUGCCGACCACCCACCUCUUGCCCCCUGAGAGUGCCCACCUUCUUUUGGUGCCACCCAGCGGCAGUGAGAAAGUCUGCCCCGGCCAGUUGGUAGGCCACAGCUGGACCCCUGGCUGCCCCGAGACCCAGGAAACGCCUGGAGCGGAGGUGCCAUGGUCCUGGGACCAGCUGCGCAGCGGAGCUCUGGGCCCGCCGCCGCCGCCGCCGCCGCCGCUCUCGCCAGCGCCCCCUGCAGGCUCGGCGGCCGCCACGCUGCAGCUGGGCCCGCAGUUCUACGACGUGAUGGACGCGGUGCCCGCGCGGCGCUGGAAGGAGUUCGUGCGGACUCUGGGGCUGCGCGAGGCCGAGAUCGAGGCCGUGGAGGUGGAGGUGGGCCGCUUCCGCGACCAGCAGUACGAGAUGCUCAAGCGCUGGCGCCAGCAGCAGCCCGCGGGCCUGGACGCCAUCUACGCAGCCCUGGAGCGCAUGGGGCUGGACGGCUGCGCCGAGGACCUGCGCAGCCGCCUGCAGCGCGGCCCGUCCGCCAGCCGAGGGCCCCAAGGGCCCUUGCAGAAGCCUUAAGUACUGUUACUUACGCGUGUAGACAUUUUAUGUCACUUAUUAUGUGCGUCUCUGGCACGGCCCUGCGUAGCAGCGCCAGCCGGCCCCGCCCCGCCCGCCCCCUGGGGGCCGCUGAAGGCAGAGGCGCGGCGGGGAGCACGGGGAGGGGUUAGGAAAUGGCUCGGCUGGCGCUCAGCCUGAGUGGGCCGUGGCUGUGGUAUUAAAUCGAUUAAGAAAAGCUGCCGAUUGGUGUCUCCACGGGCUGGGGCUGGGGUAUGCAGUGGCCCAGGCUUGGUUUCCUGGGGGCGUCGGAAGGGCCUGAAGGCUUGCCAGCCAGAGUCUGGGACGCACGGUGGGAACCAGGGUGGCCCUCAGCGCCCCAGCCUGGCCCUCCCGCUCCGCUGUGGCGGCUUCCCCGUUACCCCGGGAGGGAGAGGAAGGCGGCGGCGGGGAGCGAGAGUGAAGUGAGCGAGGCCGGGCG